AUGGUUGAUCGAGAAGAACUCCACGCCGAAAACGGAUACCUAACAGUUCAACCCGACUCGAGACUGGUCUCAAUGAACACGGUGAUGAGCAAUGGUGAGCCCAAACUUUUCUCAUCUUUAACCUCGCUAUUAAUGGCCACAACUUUUCCCUUGUAAAGCUCUAAUCCUGAAACUAAUCCCUCAUUGACGCCCACACUUAUUUCUGGAGGGACCUUGAAGUUUGAAGGACUAAAAACCGUCUAUUUUUGAACCUCUAACGCUAAUCUUCUAAUUGCCAAAACGCAGGAACAAAAAAUGGGAAAUCGAAUGUAAAUGCAGCGAGAUAGAGCCGAAGAUUAACUUUAAUUUUGGUUUCCUCACAUCACCGCAAUUUUUGCAGGAUUCGCCACGAUCGAGGAGGGACAAGUGAACCAUAAUCGGAUCCAAUUCCGAUUAGUCGACAUUGGAAGACUCAGCUUCUCGCGGGAUCUUCCCGUUCAUGAUGUAAGUCGAGUUUAGAGACAACAAUUCAAUUGAAUUUUGCUAAUUAAAAGUGAUGAAAAAGCGAUGAAACAAGCAAACUAAAGACCAAAACUUUAGCUUAUCCGAGAGUGGACUUUGUUGGAUUCGAGGACAAUGGAAAGUCGAUUGGACAUGCAGACAUUAACACAUGGCAUGCGCGAGCACACAACGAUCACUUAUACCAAAGUAUUCCCUUGA